AUGGCGUCCCAAGGCCGUCGGCGGAGGCCACUGCGGAGACCCGAAACGGUGGUGCCUGGUGAGGCGGCCGAGACGGACUCGGAGCUCUCGGCGUACUCGUCGGAGGAGGAGGAGUUGUACCUGGGCCCCUCAGGCCCGACGCGCGGCCGCCCCGUGGGGCUGCGGGUGGCCGGGGAGGCCGCGGAGACCGACUCGGACCCGGAGCCGGAGCCGAAGGCUGCACCGGGGGACCUGCCUCCGCUCGUGGUACAGCGGGAACCGGCGGGAGAGGCCUGGGGCGCCGUGGAGAGCCCAGCGCCCGCCCCUGCGCGCUCUCUGCUGCAGCUCCGGCUGGCUGAGAGCCAGGAGCGCCUGGACCAUGACGUGGCGGCCGCAGUGAGCGGUGUAUACCGACGCGCGGGCCGUGACGUGGCCGCCCUGGCUGCUCGGCUGGCGGCCUCCCAGGCGGCAGGGCUGGCGGCGGCUCACAGCGUGCGCCUGGCGCGAGGAGACCUCUGCACGCUGGCCGAGCGCCUGGACAUCGUGGCCGGCUGCCGCCUGCUGCCCGACAUCCGCGGCGUGCCGGUGACCGAACCAGAACAGGGCCCGGGGCCGCGAGCCUAGCCAGUCGGCCAUUUGAUUCUGCCCACUUGCUGACUCUGGGACGAGGUUCUGCCCCCUUCGUUGUUCUUUAACCCCGUCCUCCCCGCCAUGGUGCUGUCACCCUCAGGGCUAGCCCCGCCGCCUGGAUGAUGCUCUGGAGUCUGGGUUCAUCGCUUGGUGCAGAGCCCCGCCCCAUCCCGCCCCUUGGAUCUGGUUCCUCCCCUUGGUCCUGACACUGUUCUUGGGCCUUGCUCGCUCCUGGGUCUGUUUCUGUCCUCGGGGCUUAGUGUGCCCCACACUGCCUUGCGCUCUGCCUUUCUGAGUUUGGUUUCUGCUUCCAGGGGCCGGUCUUGGUUCUUUCCACAAGAGUCUCCGGUACCUUCCGUCACUCCCUGGGCUGUAAGCCUCCAGCCCUAGCUCCACUUCCAGGGAUAGUCCCCUUUCUCCCCCACCCCCACCCCCAGCCUGGGUCCUUCCGCCACCCCCACCCCCCAGGUGCCGCCCUGCUUGACUCCCUCUCCUGGUUUUAGUUUUUGCUCAGCCUCCUCUUGGCACCUCCUCUAUUUUUUUUUUUUUUCUCAGCCUGAUCUUGUUCCUUGGGUCCAGCCAUACACCGUUAGCGUUGGCUUUGCUUUAUACUGCUUUUCCCACUCUGUGUAUACCACCUUACUCAUACUGUGCUCUGGAAACCCUCUAUGGGCUCCUUCAUCAGGCCCAAGGUAACACCCCCAGGGACAACUGUUCUCUCUGCAUUCUCCAGUCAAUGUGGCGUCUCCUCUCCAUUCUCCCUGCCAGAAUGGCAUCUCCUACUCAUUCUCCAGGCAAAUGUGGCAGCCUCCUCCUGACUUCACAGGCUCAAGGUGGCUCUCCUACCUAGUCGCCAAGGCAAGGUGAUUCUCCCUCUCAACUCACUAGGCCAAGAUGGCGCCCCCUUCUUGACUCCUGGCUGAAAGCGACACCUCUAGGACCCAGUACAGCUCUGUCCUGGUGCUUUGGGCACAGUAGGACACCACUUUGCAAAUAAGAGCAUGUACAGUCUUCACUGGGUCGACUCCUGGAUGCUAAGACCAAAAACCAAACCCAUUGCCAUCUAGUGGAUCCUGCCCAUAGAGGCCUAUAGGACAGAGUAGAGCUGCCCCAUAGGGUUUCCAAGGCUGUAAUCUUUAUGGAAACGGAUUGCCACACCAUUCUCCCGUGGAGCUGCUGGUAGGUUUGAGCCACUGACUUUUGGUUAGCAGCUGAGCACAUACCCACUGGGCCACCAGGUGUGCUAAAAGGAUUUGAAUUUCUGGCUCUGCUCAGAGGCUGCGGUUAGCAAGCUCUUUCUGCAAGUUCUCUUUACGCCUGCCCACCUGCUCCCUCCUAGUCCCAGCUCUAGGCCCUCAGACCAGUUCACAUUUUACCAGUGACUGUGGAGUCAUUUCUGACACAUGGCAACCCCAUGUGUGUCAGAGUAGGACUGUGUUCCAUGGGUUUUUCAGUGGUUGGGUUUUUUGGGAAGUAGAUUGCCAGGCCUUUCUUCUGAGGCACCCCUGGGUGGACUGGAACCUCCAGUCUUUUGGUUAACAGCCAAUUGCAUUAUCCAUUUGCAUUUUCCCCUUUUAUUACAACCUGAAGCUGAGAUCUCCACCCCAGGAUAGAGAAGUGAGACAAGCCCUCCAGGACAGAUUCAUCAAAACUCGAAACAUUUAUCAAUAAGGUCCUGUUCCUCUGCCUUCCACCAAGGGGGUGGUGGGUUGGUUGGUGAUUUCUUUGAGAAUGGUGGUCCCGAGAAAGAGAUCCCCCAUGUCUGCCCUACUGAAGGUGAAGCUGCAGUUGGGAAAUCGGGGCCCCUCGUGUUUUGUCCUGCUUCUGCAUUCAUUUGUGUUUCGUCAAGUCAGCACACGUUUAUUGAGCACCUGUUGUGCUGAGGGCUGAGGGUACAACAGCCAGUCUCUGCCCUCACAGAGCUCACAGCCCAGUGGGGGAGACUUUAAUAAAACAUUCUUAUAAGUCAAUGGGUAUCUGUAAUUACAGCUGAUAGUUUAGAUAUGAUUGUCAUUGUUAGUUGCUGUCGAGUCGAUUCUGAUUCAUGGAGACCCCAUGUGUGCAGAGUAGAACUGCUCCAUAGGGUUUUCAAGGCUGUGACCUUGUAGAAGCAGGUCACCAGGCCUUUCUUCCAAGGCGCUUCUUGAUGGAUUCAAACCACUAAUCUUUCAGCUAGUCAAGUGCUUAACCUAUUAGGAUUUAAUCUAAUCAGGAGGAUUCAGACAGCUUCCCUGAGCAUGUAAUGAAUGAGUUUGAGUUGAGCUCUAAAGGCGUUAAAAAAAAAUCCCGUUCUUAUCAAUUCCGACUCGUAACAACCCUAUAGGACAGCGGAGAACCACCACGUAGGGUUUCCAAGGAGUAGCUGGUGGAUUUGAACUGCCAGCCUUUUGGCUAGCAGUCAAGAUCUUAACCUCUGCACCACCAGGGCGCCACAGGUAAAAUGGGAAUGGGCUAUAGAAGAGUGGCAGGCAGAAGGAACAGCAUAUGCAAAAGCCCGGGGUCAGGAGAAAACACAACCUACUGAGGUAACAGAAACCCAGAUACCAAACUCAUUGCCAUCAAGUUGGUUUCGACUCAUGGUUACCUGAUGUGUUACAGCAUAGAACUGCUCUACAGGGUUUUCUUGGCUGUCUGGGUAGCGCAAAUGGUUAAGCGCUCGACACGUGGCCAAAAGGUUAAUGGUUCAAACCUACUCAGGCACCUCAGAAGACAAGCCUGCAGAUCUUCCAAAAGGUCACAACCUUGAAAACCCUAUGGUGUAAUUCUACUGUGCACACAUGGGGUAGCCAUGAGUUGGAAUGGACUGGACAGCAGCUAAAAACAACAAUAAUCUUUAUGGGAACAGAUUGCCAGGCCUUUCUUCUGCAGCACAUCUGGGUAGGUUCAAGCCACCAACCUUUAGAUUAGUAGUCUAGUGCAAACUGUUUGCACCACCCAGGCACCUUACUGAAGUAACAGGUUACUUUGUCUACUUUCCUGUGACUCGAUGGCAGUGGGUUUGGUUUGGUUUGGAGUGGAGGGCGGUAGAGGUGGGGGGUGAGUGUGGUACCAGCAAGGGCCAGGCUAAGCUGGGUAUUUAAGUCAUAUGAGAGGUAAAGUUUUUUUUUUAAGGAAUUGAGCUUUCUUUUAUUUAUUUUUAAUUUUUUUGAAUUUUAUUUUGUUGAGAAUAUACACAGCAAAACAUAAACCAAUUCAAGAGCCUCUACGUGUACAUUCACUGCUGACAUUCCCUGGGUGGUGUAACCGCUCUCACCGUCCUUUUCUGAGUUGUUCCUCCCCCAUUAACGUAAACUCACUGCCCCUAAGCUUCCCGUCUAAUCUUUCCAGUUGCUGUUGUCAGUUUGGUUUUGAGCAACCAGUAAGCCAAGAAUGGCAUCAUUAGAUGUGUGUUUGGUGAAGAUGACUUCUGGCUGGGGAGCCUGUAAUGUGGUUGCCUCUGAAAACUACCCACACGUUUUGGUUUAAGAAUCAAUAAACAUGCUUUUGACUGUAAAGCUGAGCUCAUGAGAGAGCCAAAAACCCAAACCCACAGCUGUUGAAUCGAUUCCGACUCAUAGUGACCCUACAGGACAGAGUAGAAGUGCCCCAUAGGGUUUCCAAGGCUGUCAAUCUUUAUGGAAGCAGACUGCCACGUCGUUUUCCCGUGGAGGAGCUGGUAGAUUCAAACCGCCAAACUUCUGGUUAGCGGCUGAGUACUUUAACCACUGCACCACCAGGGCUCCUUAUGAGUGAGCAAGGACCAAAAUUGGGGAGGUAGCUCAAACUACAGUUGUCCUGGUGGUGUUUGCCAAUACCAGCAAUCCAGGGCCUCGGAUUUGAACAGCUUCCAGUCCCAGAGGCAGGCUGUUUGGAGAGAAAUAGAACCCAUUGCAAUUGCACCACAUCGUUGUGUGUGUGUGUGUGUGUGUGUGUGUGUGUGUGUGUGUUUUCAGCCAAUUAUGUUUCCAUUUGACCAUUUCUAUAUAAAUUGUUCAGUAACAUUAGUUACAUUCUCCUACAGCGUGUCAACCUUCUCUUUAAUUGCAUUCUGGUCCCUUUCCAGUGCUCUAGUUUCCCUGACCCCUUAUCUUCUCAUCUUUGCUUUUGGUCUCAUGUAGGUGGUUUUCCAAUGGAGCACUGUACUCACAGGUAAUAUCCUUUAUUUUGUGUGCCAGUCUGUUAUUUUGCUAAAAGAUGACCUCGGGAUAGUUUUGAUUCAAGGUUUAAAGAGUGUCUCGGGGUGAUAGUCUCAGGGAGUUCUCUGGUCUCAACUGGUCCAGUAAAAAAAAAAAAAAAAAAGGUCCAGUAAGUCCGGACAUUUUGAGAAUUUGAGUUCUGUUCCAUGUUUUUCCCCUGUUGUAUCAGGGCCCAUCUAUUGUGGCCUUGACUAGAAAGGUUGGUGUUGGUAGCCGGGCACCAUCUAGUUCUUCUGGCUUCAGGGUAGCCGAGGCCGUGGCUGGUAUAGGCUCUUAGCCCUGUAGAGUAGUUUUUUCUCUGAGACUUUGAUUUCCUUUCUCUUUGCUCCUGAUAAGCAGAGACCAAUAGUUGUAUCUCAGAUGGCUGCUCACAAGCUUUUAAGACCCCAGAUACUACUCAUCUCACUAGGAUGCAGAACACGAACUUCGGGAGCUAUAUUAUGCCAGUUGACUGAGUUGUCCUUCCAUAGGCUUUUCUUGGCUAUAAUCUUUACAGAAGCAGAUUGCCAGGCUUUUGCAGCACCACUGGGUGGGCUUGAACUGCCAAACUUUAGGUUUGUAGUUGAGUUACAAACUGCUUGCGCCACCCAAGGACCUAAAGAGAAGUAGAAGCCCCUGCAUAAAACCUGGUCCCUGGAAGAUCUGUACCUUCAGUGAAAGAGUGUGGUAGAAAAAGUCUGACUGCUGAGGCACUCUUAGGAAAAUAGCCUAUCUCAGAUUGAGCACUCAUUGGGGUGGGGGAGUUUCCCCCUGAGAAUUCAUAACCACAUACUUUCCUUCAGGCCUGAUUGGGGUUUGGAUUUACCCUUGCAGAGUGGUUCAGGCAACUCUAAGCAUAGAAAUGGAUGUAAAGUAGGCUUCUGAUUGAAGCCAGGGAAUGCUCCCUUUAUCCAGGCCAUGUAGAAUUACCACAGAUUAAAAUCAAUUGAACUUGAAUUUACAAAGCAUACAGGGGGAUAAAGUAGGGAGCUGGCAUAGGCCGCUGGCUCUCUUCCCCAAAUUUAACCUGGGGGAAGCACGGGGAGAAAGAAGGAAGCCAGGAUCUGAGGCAUAACAAAAAGGUGAGAACUGGGGGACACAGAGGGGGUGGUGACCUGGCCAGGUGUUCUGGUUCCUACUGCUCUCCAACAAAUGACCCAAGACUUAGUGGCUUCAAACAACCACCAUUCCAUUAUGCCCACUUGCAGGGCUCAGCUUUAAUGAAAAGUGGGAGUGCUCAGGAAGGAGGGAUGUGGGUGGCCUGCACCUACUUUCAUUCGCUUCUCAGCCCAGGCAGAGACACGGAAUAUCCCUGAUGUGCCCAGUCUCCCUGGGGUCUGAGUGUCGGCUGCUCCUUUUUGUCUCAGACAUUUGUCAACCCAAGGUGGUGUAGGGAGAGGAACACAGUCAAAAGCUCUUCCUCGAUCCACUUCCCUACUGUUAGGGACUGAAUUGUGUCCCCCCAAAAUGUGUUGUAAAUCCUAACUCCUAAACCUCUUUAAAGUGUUAAAAAGCAAAGAUGUCACUUUGAGGACUAAGGUGAGCCUGACCCAAGCCAUGGUGUUUUCAGUCACCUCAUAUGCAUGUGAAAGCUGGACACUGAAUAAGGAAGAUCAAAGAAGAAUUGAUGCCUUUGAAUCAUGGUAUAGGCAAAGAAUACUGAAUGUACCAUGGACUGCCAAAAGAAUGAAUAAAUCUGUCUUGGAAGAAGUACAGCCAGAAUGCUCCUUAGAAGCACGCAUGGCAAGACUUUGUAUCAGGUACUUUGGACAUGUUAUCAGGAGGGACCAGUCCCUGGAGAAGGACAUCAUGUUUGGUAAAGUAGAGGACCAGCAAAAAAGAGGAGGACCUUCAACAAGAUGGAUUGUCACAGUGGCUACAACAGUGGGCUCAGGCAUAGCAACAAUUGUGAGGGUGGUGCAGGACUGGGCAGCGUUUCUUUCUGUUGUACACAGGGUUGCUAUGAGUCGGAACUGACUUGAUGGCACCUCACAACGACAGCAACAGGCCAGUAAAUCACAGUUCGAGAAGAUCAUCACCCAGCCCUGCUCCUUUCAGAGUGUAGGGAGAGCUCUUGAGAACUGGAGCUGCCUGGUAGAGUGGCAGCUGAGGGGUUCUGUCUUAGUCAUCCAGUGAUGCUAUAACACAAAUACAAGUGGAUGGCUUUAACAGAGAGACAUUUAUUUCUUCACAGUAAAGUAGGCUAAAGUCCAAAUUCAGAGUGUCAGCACCAGGGGAAGGCUUUCUCUCUCUGUUGGCUUUCUCAUCAAUCUUCCUCCAGACCAGGAGCUUCUCCACGCAGGGACCCCGGGUCCAAAGGACAUGCUCUACUCCCGGGCACUGCUUCCUUGGUGGUAUGAGGUCCCCAACUCUCUGCUUGCUUCCCUUUCCUUUUUAUCCCUUGAGAGAUAAGAGGUGGUGCAGGCCACACCCCAGGGAAACUCCCUUUACAUUGGAUAGGGAAUGUGAACUGGGUAAGGGUGUUACAAUUCCACCCUAAUCACCUUUAACAUAAAAUUACAGUCAGAAAAUGGAGGACGAGCUGGAAGUCAUGGCCUAACCAAGUUAAUAGACACGUUUUGUGGGGGACAUAAUUCAAUCCACAAAGACUUCCUCCCCUUGGACAUAGUCUCUCCCUCACUCCUUAAACUCACUAGGAUGGACAUUAGCUGAGUUUCACCUCCGCUGACACACAUCACAAGACAGGGUGUUUGAUAUCCCAAGGGGUAAGAGUGCUGUCUAUUGCCCAUCUGUCAGUUUGUUGUACUAUGAUGACUUGCAUGUUGCUGUGAUGCUGGCAGCUAUGCCAUCGGUAUUUCGAAUAUGAGCAGAGUCAUCCAUGGUGGACAGAUUUCGGUGGAGCUUCCAGACUGAGACAGACUAGGAUGAAGGACUGGUGUUCUACUUCCGAAAAUCAGCCAACAAAAGCCCUAUAGAUCACAACAGAGCAUUGUCUGACUGCUUUACUUUGGACAUGUCACCAGGAAGGAUCAGUCACUAGAGGAGGACAUCAUGUUUGGUGAAGUAGAGGACCAGCGAGGGUGUGGGAGACCCUCAGUGAGAUGGAUUGGCACAGUAGCCACGACAAUGGGCUUGAAUAUGCUGGUGAGGUUGAUGCAGGACUGGGUAACAUUUUGUUCUGCUGUCCAUAAGGUCACCGUGACUCAGAGAGGACAGCAACUAACAACAACACACAUGCUGUAGGAUGUGGCAUUUUUUUUUUUAUAAGACUGAGGGGCUUAAAACAACAACCAUUUUAUUAUAGCUGAUGAUUUUUAAAAAAAUUUUAUUCCAAAAUAAAGAUUCACAUGAAGUCGUGGGGAAACGUACAGGGACUCCUCAUACACUCCUCUCCUAAGCCCUCGCCAGUGUCAAUGCCCCACAUAACUACAGGACAGUAUCAAAUCCAAGACAUUGACAACUGGCACAAUCCACAGAGUUUAUGAGAUUUCACCAGUUAUACACGUACUCAUUUGUGUGUGUAUGUGUAACUUAGUUUCUGAGUGUUGCUAUAAAAGGAAUAUCACAAAUGGGUAGCUUUAACCAACAGAAAUUUAUUUUCUCACAGUUCUGGAGGCUAGAAGUCCAAGUUUAGGGCACUGGCUUUAGGGGAAGUCUCUCCCUCUGUUGUCUCUGGGGGAAAAUCCUUGCCUCAGCUUGUCUAGCCCUGGUGUUCCUCAGUUUGGCAAUCUUCACGUGGCAUCUAUCUUUCCCUGUUUGUGUUUGCUUGUCUCUGUGUCUGUGCUGCUCUUUAUGUUACUGAGGAUUGAUUAGAUUUAGGACAUGCCCUAACUGAUAUGACAUCACUAACAUAACAAAAAAAAAUCCUAUUCCCAUAUGGGAUUACAUCCACAGGUACAGGGAUCAGGACUCCAACACAUAUUUUGAAGGGACACAAUUCAAUCUAUAACAGUACACAGGUCUGUACAAUUCUAUGCAAUUUUGUCACAUGUAGUUUUGCAAAACCACUGUGACAAUCCAGAUACGCAACUAUGUCAUCACCACAAGGCUCUUUCAUGUUGCCUCUUGUAGCUAUACCCAUCCCUCCUCAUCUCUAACUCUUGACAAUCACUAAUCCAUUCUUCAUCUCUAUAAUUAUGUUAUUUCAUGACUGCUACAUAAAUGGAAUCAUAUAGCUCAUGAAUUUUUGAGUCAGGAAUUCAGACAGGGCUCAGCAGGGUGAUUCUUCUGUUCUAAAUGGUAUUGUUGGAGGUCAUCAGGUAUUCAGCUUCCAAACUGGCUGAUCUGGAGAGUCUAAAAGGCUACACCCACAUGUCUGGCAUUUUGGCAGCAGUGACUGGAAGGCUGGGCUUACCUGGGACUGUCAGGUAAGAGUCUCCACCUGGCCUCUCAGUGAACAAGAUAGAAAGCGCAUGGCCUUUUUUGAUGUAGCCUCAGAAGUCAUACAGUGUCACUUGCACCUACGCUACUAGUUUAAAUCACAGCCCACCCAGCUUCAAGGAGAUGGGGCAUAGAUUCCACCUUUUGAGGAGGAGUGUCAAAGAAAUUGCAGCCAUGUUUUCAAUAAAACCACUAUAAAGAAAAGAGAUAGCCAGAUGUCUUAGUCAUCUAGUGCUGCUAUAACAGAAAUACCACAAGUGGAUGGCUUUAACAAAGAGAAGUUUACUUUCUCACAGUAAAGUAGGCUAAAAGUCCAAAUUCGUGGUGUCAGUUCCAGGGGAAGGCUUUCUCUCUCUGUCGGCCUUUUCAUCAAUCUUACCGCAGCCUAGGAGCUUCUCCACACAGGGACCCCAGGUCCAAAGUAUGCACCCUUCUCCCAGCACUGCUUUCUUGGUGGUAUGAGGUCCUUCUGUCUCUCUGCUCGCUUUUCUCUUUUAUAUCGCCAAAGAGAUUACAUCAAGACACAAUCCAAUCUUGCAGAUUGAGUCUGGCCUCUCUAACACAACUGCCACCUGUCCCCGCUCAUUAAUAUCAUAGAGGUAGGAUUUACAACAUAGAGGAAAAUCACACACUACAGGGACUCAUGGCCCAACCAAAUUGAUACACACAUUUUUGGGGGGACAUAAUUCAACGCAUGACACCACAUAUCUGAAAAAUAUGAAUUAUAAGAGAAAGACAAGAAAUUGAAUAAACUGUGGUGCCGAAAGUAGAAAGAAUGGUACAAAUAAAUUUUUAAAAAAUUAAUGAGCAUAAUAAACAUCUUCAAAAAGAUAAAGGAGGGUAUCAAUAAGAUGAAGCAGGAAUAAGAAGUUAUAAAAAAGAACCAAGUGAAAAUAUUGAGUACGAAAUAAAGGAUACAAUGAAUGGGAUGAUUAGUAGAAUGGAGUUGGCUGAAAACCGCAUUUGUGAGCUGGAAGAUUAAUGAAGAGACUCUGCCAGAAGGUAGCAGAAAAGGAUAAAGAGAUUAAAAUUUACAAAAGUUAACUGUAUAUAGGUUAGAAUGUGAAGUGCCAUCCUUUAAAUAAUGGAAAUACAGCCCCCUCAAAGAAAAAAAAAAAAGAGAGAUUUUGGGUUGAAAAAAAAAAUCACUGAUGAAUUUCUUAGAAUUAAAGAAAGGUGAAAAGCCUCAGUCUGAAAGAGCUAACCAGGAAAACAGGUUAGGUGAGGAAAGACCCAUACCUACACACAUUGUGGCAAAUCUUUAAAAUUCUAAAAGUUUUCAGAGAGAAAAAUUAGGUCACCUGAAACAAGAAUCGGAGUGACACCAGACUUGCCUAUAGCUACACUGAUUAUAAGAAGACAACGGAGUAAUCUUUUUCAUGUAUUGCAGGAAAAGAAAUCAGAACCCAGAUUUUUUUUAUUUUGCUGUAGGGAUUUUUUUUUUUUUUUUAACCUAAGCUUUAACAUCCUGCCAAAAUGUCAAUUAGAUGUGAGAGAACGUGAAAGAUAUUCUGGGUGUACAAUUUUGCCAUAAAAAGACCAUCGUCAGGAACAUUCUUUGAGAAUCUAUUCUAAUGGAAAGAUAAAUCUAGAAGGGUACUGAAAAAUACAUGGGAAACAGAGUUCAUAAAAUAAUUUGGACAACUUUACAAUAAUCUAAAGAAAACAAAGGCUGAGGGGAAAAGGAAGAAAAGAAAAUGGUCCAUUCAAAACAAUGCAGAACUUGUAAAUCUAAGCCACACCAACGCGAUGGUGUGGUCUGAGGUUGAAGGGAAGUGAUUAAAAAAAAAUAAUAUUCUAUUGUGUUUUCAGUGAGAGUUUACGCAGCAGAUUAGGUUCCCAUUCAACAAUUUCUACACAAAUUAUUUAGUGGCACUGGUUACAUUUUUCACAAUGUGUUGACAUUUUCAUUAGUUCUGUUAUUGUUCCAUUUCCCGUAAUCUAGUUUUUCCGUCCCUUUACAUUCUUAUCUUUGCUUUAGGGUAGUUUUUGACCAUUGUUCUCAUAUAUAUGAUUGUUUAAAGGAGUGCAAUACUCAUGGGUCAUAGUCUUUAUUUUAUGAGCUAUUCUGUUAUCUAGUUAAAACAGUUUCAGUCCAAGGUUUAAAGAGUAUCUCAGGGUAACGGUCUCAGGCAGCCCUCCAGUCUUAACUGGUCUAGUAAGUCUGGACUUUUCAAGAAUUUGCGUUCUGUUCCACAUUCUUCUUUUCUAUCAGGAUCCAUCUAUUGUGGCCCUGAUCAGAACAGUCGGUAGUUGUAGCCAGGCACCAUCUAGUUCUGCUGCUUUCAGGGUAGAUGAAGCAAUGACCCAUGUAGGCUACCAGUCCUGUGGACUAGGCUAUUCUCUGAGUCUUUGGUUUCCUUCUUUCUCUUUUGCCCUGGAUCAGUAGAGACCAAUAUAGGCAUGCCUCAGAGGUAUUGUAGGUUCUGUUCCAGACCACCGCUGUUGUUGUUAGGUGCCGUCGAGUCAGUUCUGACUGGUAGUGAUACCACGUGCGACAGAAUGACACACUGCCUGGUCCUGUGCUGUCCUUAUAAUCGUUAUGCUUGAGCCCAUUGUUGCAGCCACUGUGUCAGUCCAUCUCAUUGAGGGUCUUCCUCUUUUUUGCUGACCCUUUACUUUACCAAGCAUGAUGUCCUUCUCCAGGGACUGAUCCCUCCUGAUAACAUGUCCAAGUACGUGAUUCGAAAUUUCACCAUCCUCACCUCCAAGGAGCACUCUGGCUGUAUUUCUUCCAAGACAGACUUGUUCGUUCUGCUGGCAGUCCAUGGUAAAUUCAACAUUCUUUGCCAACACCAUAAUUCAAAGGCACCAAUUCUUCUUCAGUCUUCCUUAUUCAUUGUCCAGCUUUCGCAUGCAUAUAAGGCAAUUGAAAAUGCAGUGGCCUAGGUCAGGCGCACCUUAGUUCUCAAAGUGACAUCUCUGCCUUUUAAUACUUUAAAGAGAUCAUUUGCAGCAGAUUUGUGCAAUGCAAUACAUCAUCUGAUUUCCUGACUACUGCUUCCAUGGGUGUUGAUUGUGGAUCCAAGUAAAAUGAAAUCCUUGACAAUGUUAAUCUUUUUUCCAUUUAUCAAGAUGUUGCUUACUGGUCCAGUUGUGAGGAUUUUUGUUUUCUUUACGUUGAGGUGCAAUCCAUCUUUGAUCUUCAACAGUAAGUGCUUCAAGUCCUCUUCACUUUCAGCAAGGAAGGUUGUGUCAUCUGCGUAACGCAGGUUGUUAAUGAGUCUUCCUCCAAUCCUGAUGCCCCGUUCUUCUUCAUAUAGUCCAGCUUCUCGUAUUAUUUGUUCAUCAUGCAGAUUGGAUAGGUAUGGUGAAAGGAGACAACCCUGAUGCACACCUUUCCUGAUUUUAAACCACACAGUAUCCCCUUGUUCUUUUCAAGCGACUGCCUCUUGGUCUGCUUACAGUUUCCUCAUGGGCAAAAUUAAGUAUUCCGGAAUUCUAUUCUUAGCAAUGUUGUUCACAAUUUGUUAUGAUCCACACAGUUGAAUGAAUGCCUUUGCAUAGUCUGUAAAACACAGGUAAACAUCUUCCUGGUAUUCUCUGCUUUCAGCCAGGACCCAUCUGACACCAGCAAUGAUAUCCUUUGUUCUACAUCCUCUUUGAAAUCGGCUUGAAUAUCUGGCAGUUCUCUCUUGAUGUACUGCUGCAGCUGCUUUUGAAUGAUUAUCAGCAAAAUUUUACUUGCGUGUGGUAUUAAUAAUAUUGUUCGAUAAUUCCACAUUCCGUUGGAUCUCUUCCAGUCGGUUGGCCAGGAAGCUGUCUUCCAAACUUCUUGGCAUAGACGAAUAAGCACCUUUAGCACUGCAUCCGUUUAUUGAAACAUCUCAAUAGGUGUUCAGCCAAUUCCUAGAGCCUUGUUUUUCACCAAUGCCAUCAGUGUAUCUUGGACUUCUUCCUUCAAUACCAUUGGCUCUUGAUCGUAUGCCACCUCCUGAAAUGGUUGAUGUAGACUGAUUCUUUUUGGUAGAGUGACUCUGUGUAUUCCUUCCAUCUUCUUUUGAUGCUUCCUGCGUCAUUUAAUAUUUUACCCACAGAAUCCUUCAGAAUUGCAACUUGAGGCUUGAACUUUUUCUUCAGUUCUUUCAGCUUGAGAAAGGCUGAGUAUGUUCCUCCCUUUUGGUUUUGUAAAUUCAGGUCUUUGCACAUUUCAUUAUAAUAUUUUACUUUACCUUCUCAAGCUGCCCUUUGAAAUCUUCUGUUCAGCUCUUUUACUUCGCCAUUUCUUCCAUUUGCUUUGGCUACUUUACGUUCCAGAGCAAGUUUCACAGUCUUCUGACAUCCAUUUUGGGCUUUUUUUUCACAACUUCCAAUUUUCCUAGACUCCUACUUUGUACAUUCCACAUUCUUAUUACUAAAGUAUGUUUGCAGCUGUUUCUUCUAUUUUGAGUCGUGCCACCUCAGCAAAUGAAGGUCCCAAAAGCUUGACUCCAUCCAUGACAUUAAGGUCAGCUCUACUUUGAGGAGGCAGCUCUUCCCCAGUCGUAUGUUGAGUGCCUUCCAACCUGAGGGGUUCUUCUCCCAGCACUAUAUCAGACAAUGUUCCGCUGCUAUUCAUAAGAUUUUCACUGGACAAUUUUUUCAGAAGUAGACUGCCAGGACCUUCAUCCUAGUCUGGAAGCUCUGCUGAAACCGGUCCACCAAGGGUGACCCUGGUGAUAUUUGAAAUACUGGUGAUGAAGCUUCCAGUAUCAUAGCAAGCCACCACAGUAUGACAAACUGGCAGAUGUGUGGUGGCAGACCAUUGCAAUGAAGUGAAUAUCACAAUAAAGUGAGUCACACAGAUUUUUUGGUUUCCCAGUGUAUAUAAAAGCUAUGUUUACAUUAUACUGUAGUCUAUUAAGUAUGCUAUAGCAUUAUGUCUUUAAAAAAAUGUACAAACCUUAAUUACAAAAUACUUUAUUGCUACAAAAUGCUAACCUUCAAUGAGCUGUAAUCUUUUUGCUGCUGGAAGGUCUUACCACUAUGAUAAUGGCUGCUGACUGAUCAGGUUGUGGCUGCUGAAGGUUGGGGUGGCUGUGAUAAUUUCUUAAAAUAAGACGACAAUGAAGUUUGCCACUUUGAUUGACUCUUCCCUUUCAUGAAAGAUUUCUCUGUAGGAAGCAAUGUUAUUUGAUAGCAUUUUACCCACAGUAGAAUUUCUUCCAAAUUGGAGUCAAUCCUCUCAAACCCUGCUGCUGCUUUGUCAACUAUGUUUAUGUAACAUUCUGAGUCCUUUGUUAUCAUUUCAACAAUGUUCACAGCAUCUUUACCAGGAGUAGAUUCCACCUCAACAAACGACUUUCUUUGCCUAUCCAUAAGAAGCAACUCCUCAACCAUUAAAUUUUUAUCAUGAGAUUGCAGCAAUUCAGUCGCAUCUUCAGGCUCCACUUCUAAUUCUAGUUCUCCUUCCUGGAAUUAUGAGAGGUAGAAUACAAAAGAUUAAUAUACAGAAUUCUUCAAGAGAUCAGGAAGGAGAUCAGGCAAAACGCAGAACAAGUCAAGCAGCACACAGACAAAGCAUUAGAGGAACUUAAGAAGAUUAGAGAAGAGAUUAAUGACAAAUAGGCUGCAAGAAUCCAUAGAGAGACAGAAAACAGAAAUCCAGAAGAUUAGCAAUAAAAUUUCAGAAUUAGACAACUCAAUAGAAAGUCAUAGGAGCAGAAUUGAGCAAAUGGAAGUCAGAGAGAUUGAAGAUAAAGCACUAGACAUCAAAAUUUUUGAGGAAAAAUCAGAUAAAAGAAUUAAAAAAAAAUGAAGAAACCCUAAGAAUUAUGUGGGACUCUAUCAAGAGGAAUAACCUAUGGGUUAUUGGAGUGCCAGAACAAGGGGGAUAACAGAAAAUACAGAGAGAAUUGUUGAAUAUUUGUUGGCAGAAAACUUCCCUGAUGUCAUGAAAGAUGAGAAGAUAUCUGUCCAAGAUGAUCAUCGAACCCCAUACAAGGUAGAUUCUGAAAGAAAGUCACCAAGGCGUAUUAUAAUCAAACUUGCCAAAACCAAAGAUAAAGAGAGAAUUUUAAGAGCGGCUGGGGAUAAAUGAAAAGUCAUCUACAAAGGAGAGUCAGUAAGACUAUGCUUGGACUGCUCAGCAGAAACCACGCUAUUCAUAAGAAGGCAAGAAGGCAAUGGGAUGACAUACAUAACACCUUGAAGGAAAAAAAUUGCCAGCCAAGAAUUAUAUAUCCAGCAAAACUGUCUCUCAAAUAUGAAGGUGAAAUUAGGACAUUUCCAGAUAAACAAAAGUUUAGGGAAUUUGCAAAAACCAGAUCAAAAUUACAAGAAACACUAAAGGGAGUCCUCCAGUUAGAAAAUCAAUAUCAGAUAAUAACCUAAGACUAGAACACAGGACAGAGCAACCAGAUAUCAACCCAGAUAGGGAAAUCACAAAGAUAAAUGCUCAAAACAGGGAAACAGAGAUGUCCUUAUGUAAAAGAUGACAACUUUAAAACAAAAAAGAGGAAAUAAAAAAUGGAGUCACAGAUCUUUCAUAUGGAGAGGAAGUCAAGGCAAUAUAAAGAAAUAAAAGAUCGGUUUAAACUUAGAAAAAUAGGGGUAAAUACUAAGGUGACCACAAAGGAAACUAACAAUCCUACAUCAAAAUAAAAAAACAAGAAAAAGACUCAGCAAAUACAAAAGCAACAACAAUGAAAAAGAGGAAAAGAAAAUGUAUAAAGAAAAACAACUCAAGCACGGAAAAUUAAGUGGAAAAAAGAAACUGUCAACAACACACACACACACACAAAUCAAAAUGACAGCACUAAAUUCAUACCUAUCAAUAAUUACGCUGACUAUAAAUGGACUAAAUGCACCAAUAAAGGGACAAAGAGUGGCAAAAUGGAUUAAAAAACAUGAUCUGUCUGUAUGUUGCCUACAGGAGACGUACCUUAGACUUAAAGAUACAAGCAAACUAAAACUCAAAGGAUGGAAAAAAAUAUAUAUCAAGCAAACAACAACCAAAGAAGAGUAAGAGUGGCAAUAUUAAUUUCUGACAAAAUAGACUUUAAAGUUAAAUCCACCACAAAGGAUAACGAAGGACACUAUAUAAUGAUUAAAGGGCCAAUAUACCAGGAGGACAUAACCAUAAUAAAUAUUUAUGCACCCAAUGACAGGGCUCCGAAAUACAUAAAACAAACUCUAACAGCACUGAAAAGAGAGAUAGCUCCACAAUAAUAGUAGGAGACUUCAACAUAUCACUUUCAGUGAAGGUCAGAACAUCCAGAAAGAAGCUCAAUAAAGACACGGAAGAUAUAAAUGCCACAAUAAACCAAUCUGACCUCAUAGACAUAUACAGAACACUCCACCCAACAGCAGCCAAGUGUACUUUCUUUUCCGACGCACAUGGAAUAUUCUCCAGAAUAGACCACAAUAUUAGGCCAUAAAACAAGCCUUAAAAGAAUCUAAAACAUGAAAAUAUUACAAAGCACCGUUUCUGACCGUAAAGCCAUAAAAGUAGAUAUCAAUAACAGAAAAAGCAAGGAAAAAAAAUCAAACACUUGGAAACUGAACAACACCUUGCUCAAAAACUACUGGGUUAUAGAAGAAAUUAAGGCUGGAAUAAAGAAGUUCAUAGACUCAAAUGCAAAUGAAAACAUUUCCUACCAGAACCUUUGGGACACAGCAAAAGCAGUGCUCAGAGGUCAAUUUAUAGGAAUAAGUGCACACAUCCAAAAAGAAGAAAGUGCCAGAAUCAAAGAAAUAUCCCUAUGACUUGAACAAAUAGAGAGAGAGCAGCAAAAGAAGCCCUCAGGCACCAGAAGAAAGCAAAUAAUAAAAAUUAGAGCAGAGUUGCAUUAAAAAGAGAACAGAAAAACAAUUGAAAGAGUUAAAACCAAAAGCUGGUUCUUUGAAAAGGUCAACAAAAUCGAUAAACCAUUGGCCAAACUGACAAAAGAAAAACAGAGAGGAAGCAAAUAACCCAAAUAAGAAAUGAAAGGGGAGGUCUCACAACAGACCCAACUGAAAUUAAAAGAAUCAUAACAGAAUACUAGAAAAAUUGUACUCUAACAAAUUUGAAAACCUAGAGAAAAUGGACACAUUUCUAGAAACUUACUACCUAUCUAAACUACCACAAACAGAGAUAGAACAACUGAAAAAAGACUGUAACGAAAGAAGAGAUUGAAAAGGUAAUUAAAAAGCUCCCAACAAAAAAAGCCCUGGCCCUGACGGCUUCACUGGAGAAUUCUACCAAACUUUCAGAGAAGAGUUAACACCAUUACUACUAAAAGUAUUUCAGAGCAUAGAAAAGGAUGGAAUACUCUCAAACUCAUUCCAUGAAGCCAACAAAACCCUGAUACCAAAACCAGGUAAAGACACCACACACACAAAAAAGAAAAUUACAGACCAACCCCUGGGGGCACAGUGGUUAAGUGCUACAGCUGGUAACUAAAAGGUCGGCAGUUUGAAUCCGCCAGGCACUCCUUGGAAACUCUAUGGGGGCAGUUCUACCCUGUCCUAUAGGGUCGCUAUGAGUCGGAAUCGACUCAACGGCAGUGAGUUGGGUUUUAUCUCUCAUGAACUUAGACACAAAAAUCCUCAAUCAAAUUUUAGCCAAAAGAAUUCAACAACAUAUCAAAAAAAUAAUUCACCUUGACCAAGUGGGAUUCAUAACAGGUAUGCAGCGAUGGUUUAACAUUAGAAAAACGAUUAAUGUAAUCCAUCACAUAAACAAAACAAAAGACAAGAACCACAUGAUGUUAUCAAUUGAUGCAGAAAAGGCAUUUGACAAAGUCCAACACCCAUUCAUGAUAAAACUCUCAGCAAAAUACGAAUAGAAGGAAAAUUCCUCAACAUAAUAAAGGGCAUUUAUACAAAGCCAAUAGCCAACAUCAUCCUAAAUGGAGAGAGUCUGAAAGCAUUCCCCUUGAGAAUGGGAACCAGACAAGGAUGGCCCACAUCACCAUUCUCAUUCAACAUUGUGCUGGAGGUCCUAGCCAGAGCAAUUAGGCUAGAAAAAGAAAUAAAGGCCAUCCCAACCUGUAAGGAAGAAGUAAAAGUAUCUCUAUUUGCAGGUGAUAUGAUCUUAUACACAGAAAACCCAAAAGAAUCCUCAAGAAAACUGCUAGAACUAAUAGAAGAAUUCAGCAAAGUAUCGGGACACAAAAAUCAGUUGGAUUCCUCUACACCAACAAAGAGAACAUUGAAGAGGAAAAUCACCAAAUCAAUACCAUUUACAAUAGCCACCAAGAAGAUAAAAUAUUUAGAAAUAAAUUUAACAGAGAUGUAAGAGACCUAUACAAAGAAAACUACAAGACAGUACUUCAAGAAACCAACAGAGACAUACAUAAGCAGGAAAACAUGCCUUGCUCCUGAAUAGGAAGACUCAACAUUGCGAAAAUGUCUAUUCUAUCCAAAGCGAUCUAUAGAUACAAUGCAAUCCCGAUCCAAAUUCCAAUGGCACUUUUUAAUGAGAUGGAGAAACAAAUCACCAACUUCAUAUGGAAAGAGGAGAGGCCCUGGAUAAGUAAAGCAUUGCUGAAAAAGAAGAACAAAGUGGGAGGCUUCACACUACUUGAUUUGAGAACCUAUUAUACCGCCACAGUAGUCAAAACUGCCUGGUGCUGGUACAACAACAGAUACAUAGACCAAUGGAACAGAAUUGAGAAUCCAGACGUAAAUUCAUCCACUUAUGAGCAGCUCAUAUUCAACAAAGGCUCAAAGUCCGUUAAUUAGGGGAAAAGACAGUCUGUUUAACAAAUGGUGCUGGCAUAACUGGUUAUCCAGGUACAAAAAAAUGAAACAAGACCCAUACCUCACACCAUGCUCAAAAACUAACUCAAAAUGGAUCAAAGACCUCAACAUAAAAUCUAAAACAAUAAAGAUCCUGAAAGAAAAAAAUAGGGACAAUGCUAGGAGCCCUAAUACAUGGCAUAAACAGUCUAUGAAACAUUACUAACGAUGCACAAACACCAGGAGAGAAACUACGUAAGUGGGAGCUCCUAAAAGCUGAACACUUAUGCUCAUCCAAAGACUUCACCAAAAGAGUAAAAAGACAACAUACAGACUGGAGAAAAAAUUUUGGCUAAGACAAAUUCGAUCAGCGUCUUAUCUCCAAAAUCUACAAGAUACUGCAAAAACUCAACAACAAAAAGACAAAUAACCCAAUUAAAAAAUGGGCAAAGGAUAUGAACAGCGACUUCACCAAAGAAGACAUUCGGGGGGUAACAGAUACAUGAUGAAAUGCUCACGAUCAUUAGCCAUUAGAAAAAUGCAAAUCGAAAUUACAGUGAGAUACCAUCUCACUCCACUGAGGCUGGCAUUAAUCCAAAAAACACAAAAUAAUACAUGUUGGAGAGGUUGUGGACAGACUUAUACACUGCUGAUGGAAAUGUAAAAUGGUACAACCACUUUGGAAAUUGAUUUGGUGCUUCCUUAAAAAGCUAAAAAUAGAAUUACCAUAGGAUCCAGCAAUCCCAUGCCUUGGAAUAUAUCCUAGAGAAAUAAGAGCCCUCACACAAAUAGAUAUAUGCACACCCAUGUUCAUUAUAGCACUGUUUACAAUAGCAAAAAGAUGGAAACAACCAUCUGAAAGACAUUAUGCUGAGAGAAAUUAGUCAGUCACAAAAGGACAGAUACUGUAUGAGACCACUAGUAUAAGAACUCAAGAAAAGGGGAGGGAAAGAGAGGGGUAUUCACUAAUUAGAUAGCGGACAAAAAGUAUUUUAGGGGAAGGGAAGGUCAACACACAAUACAGGGGAAGUCAGCACAGCUGGACUAAACCAAAAGCUAUGAAGUUUCCUGAAUACAACCAAACACUUAGAAGGAUGUAGUAGCAGGGGUGGAAGUCUGGGGAUCAUGGUUUCAGGAGCCAUCUAGGUCAAUUGACAUAACAAAGUGUAUUAAGAAAGUGUUCUGCAUACCACUUUGGUGAGUGGCAUCUGGGGUCUUAAAAGCUAGUAAGUAGCCAUCUAAGAUGCAUCAAUUGGUCUCAACCCACCUGGAGCAAAGGAGAAUGAAGAACACCAAAGACACAAGGAGAAUAAGAGCCCAAGAGAGAGAAAGGGCCACAUAUACCAGAGACUCCAUCAGCCUGAGAAUAGAAGAACUAGAUGGUGCCCGGCUACCACAGAUGACUGCCCUGACAGGGAACACAACAGAGAAUCCCUGAUGGAGCAAGAGAAAAGUGGGAUGCAGAACUCAAAUUCUAGUGAAAAUACCAGAGUUAAUGGUCUGAUUGAGACUGGAAGGACCCCAGAGGACAUGGGCCCCAGACUCUCUGUUAGCCCAAAAUUAAAACCAUUCCUGAAGCCAACUCUUCAGACAAGGAUUAGACUGGAUUAUAAAACAUAAAAUGAUACUGGUGAGGAGCAUGCUUCUUGGCUCAAGUAGACACAUGAGAAUAUGUUUGCAGCUCCUGUCCGGAGGUGAGAUGAGAAGGCAGAGGGGUACAGGAUCUAACUGAAUGGACAUAGGAAAUGCAAGGUAAAGAGGAGUGUGCUGUCACGUUGUAGGGAGAGCAGCUAAGGUCACAUAAUAAUGUAUAUACGUUUUUGUAUGAGAAACUGACUUGAAUUGUAAACUUUCACUUAAAGCACAAUUAAAAAAAGAGAGCGAGAGAGAGAAAAAAAAAAAAAAGAAUUGAGCUGCUAACCAAAAGGUAGGCAGUUUGAAUCCACCAGGCACUCCUUGGAAACCCUAUGGGGCAGUUCUACUGUGUCCUAUAGGGUCGAUAUGAGUGGGAAUCGACUCGACAGCAACAGGUUUAUGGGGUUAAUUGCUAAUGACUGUGAGCAUUUUUUCAUGUAUAUGUUGGCCACUUGAAUCUCCUCUUCAGUAAGAGGUGUCAGUUCAUGUCCUUUGCCCAUUUCUUAACUGUUUGUCUUUUUGUUGUUGAGUUGCUGAAGUUUUCUAUAUAUUUUAGAGAUUAGACCCUUACUGGAUAUUUCAUUCCUAAAGAUAUUUUUCCCGUCUAUGGGUUGUCUUUUUACUCUUUUGAUAAAGUCUUUUGAUGAGCAUAAGUAUGUAAUUCUUAUGAGGUCCCAGUUAUCUAAUUUGUCUUCUGCUGUUUGUGCAUUUGUAGUUGUGUUUAAUAAUCUCUUGUUGAAAAAAAUUAUGUCCCUUGGUUUUAUCCCUGUGUUAUCUCCCAGGAACUUUAUAGUUAUACUAUCAUUCGGAAUCGACUCGACAGUACCAGGUGUGUGUGCGUGUGAUCCAUUUUGAGUUGGUUUUUGCUCACGGUGUGAGGUACAGCCCCCGUUUCAUCUUUCUGCAAAUGCGUGUACAGUUGUGCCAGCACCAUUUGUUAAAGAGACUGUUUCUUUCCCAUUGAGUAUAUUUUGACCCCUUGUUGAAAAUCAGUCGUCCAUAGAUGGAUGGAUUUACUUCUGGGCUCUCAACUCUAUUCCACUGGUCUAUGUGUGUCUAUCAUUAAACAAGUACGAGGCUGUUUUGAUUACUCUGUCUGUAUGGUAUGUUUUGAGGCCAGGUAAUGUGAGGCCUCCUACUUUGUUCUUCUUCUUCAGUAAUGCUUUGUUUAUCUGGGGCCUCUUUCCUUUCCAUAUAAAGUUGGUGAUUAGUUUUUCCAUUUCAGUAAAGAACGUUGUUUUAAUUUAGAUUGCUAUUACAUUGUAUCUAAAUCACUUUGGGUAGUAUUGACAUUUUCAUAAUAUUAAGUCUAUUAAUCCAUGAGCACAGAAUGCCUUCCCAUUUAUGUAGGUCUCUUUUAGUUUCUCGUAGUGGUGUUUUACAGUUUUAAUUGUAUAGGUCUCUUACAUCCCUGGAGCCCUGGUGGCACAGUGCUUAAGCACUCAGCUGCUAACGGAAAGGACGGUGGUUCAAACACACCAGAUGCUGGAUGAGAAAAAGAUGUGACAGUCUGCUUCCAUAAAGAUUUACAGGCUAGGAAACCCAAUGGGGCAGUUCUACUUUGUCCUACAGGGUCACUGUGAACUGGAAUCGACUCAACAGCGACAGGUAUUUUAUCUUUUUGGGGCUAUUAUAAACGGUAUUAUUUUCUUGAUUUCCUUUUUGGAGUUCUCCUUAUUAGUGUAGAGGAACCCCACCGAUUUUUGUUUGCUGAUCUUUUACCCUACAAGUUUACUGAAUUCUUCUAUUGGAUCCAAUAGCCUUCUUGUAGAAUCUCUGGGAUUUCCUAUGCAUAGGGUCACAUCAUCUUUGAAUUAUUUCCUUUCUUUCCGAUUUAUUUCCCUUUCUUGCCUGAUUUCUCUGGCUAGGACUUCCAGUACAAUGUUGAGUAAGAGUGGUAAUAAUGGGCGCCCUUUUCUUGUUCCUGUUUUCAAGGGGAAGGCUCUCAGUCUUUCUCUAUUGAGAAGAAUGUUUGUGGUUGGUUUUCCAUAUAUGCCCUGAAUUAUGUUCAGAAAUUUCCCUUCUAUUCUUAUUUUCUGAGGGUUUUUAUCAUGAAAGCCUGUUGGAUCUUAUCAAAUUCCUUUUCUGCAUCAGUUGAGAUGAUCAUGUGACUCUUUUCCUUUGUUUUAUUUAUGUGCUGUCUUAUUUAGCUAGUGCUGCUAUAACAGAAAUACCACAAGUGAAUGACUUUAACAAAGAGAAGCUCAUUCUCUCACAGUCUAGGAAGCUGGAAGCCCAAAUUCAGGGCACUGGCUCCAGGAGAAGCCUUUCUCUCUCUGUCAUCUGUGGGGGAAGGUUCUUGACAUCACUAUUCCCCUGGUCUAGGAACUUCUCAGGGCAGACCGUGAGUCCAAAGGACACACUCCACUCUCGUUCUUCAUUCUUAGUGGUAGGAGGUCCCUAUCUUCCUGUUCCCUUCUCUCUUGUUUUGUCUCUUGUAAGAUAAAAGGUGAUGCAGGCCAUACCCCAGGAAAGCCCCCCUUACAUAGGAUCAGGGACAUGACCUGAGUAAGGGUGUUGCAUUCCACCCUAAUCCUCUUUAACAUAACCUAAUCUUGCCUCAUUAACCACACACAGAGAUUAGGAUUCACAACACAAGAAUAUUAUAUCAGAUCACAAAAUGGAAGACAACCACACAAUACUGGGAAUCAUGCACGGCCUAGCCAAGUUGACACACGUUUUUGGGGGAUGCAAUUCAAUCCAUAGCAUGUGAUAAAUUACACUGAUUGAUUUUAUAAUGUUGAACCACUCUUGCAUUCCUGGUAUCAAUCCCAUUUGAUCAUGAUGUAUGAUUUUCUUCACAUGUUGUUGAAUUCUGUUUGUUGGAACUUUGUUGAGAAUUUUUGUGUCUAUAUUCAUGAAGAGUAAGGUGCAGCUGAUCCAAGUCAUGGUGUUUUCAAUAGCCUCAUAUUCAUGUGAAAGCUGGAUGAUGAAUAAGGAAGACUGAAGAAGAAUUGACGCCUUUGAAUUGUGAUGUUGGUGAAGAACUGAUUAUACUAUGAAGUGCCAAAAGAACAAACAAACCUGUUUUCGAAGAAGUAAAACCAGAAUGCUCCUUAGGAAUAAGGAUGGCAAGACUACAUCUCACACACUUUGGACAUGUUAUCAGGAGGGAUCAGCCCAUGGAGAAGGACAUCAUGCUUGGUAAAGCAGGGGAUCAGUGAAAAAGAGGAAGACCCUCAACAAGAUGAAUUGACACGGUGGCUGCAACAGUGGGCUCAAGCAUAACAACAAUUGUGAGGAUGUCACAGGACUGGGCAGUGUUUCGUUCUGCUGUGCAUAGGAUCACUAUGAGUUGGAACUGACUCAACAGCACCUAACAACAACAACAAUAUUCAUGAAGGAUAUUGAUCUGUAAUUUUCUUUUUUUGCCAUGUAUUUACCUGGUUUGGGUAUCAGGAUGAUGCUGGCUUCAUAGAAUGAUUUAAGGAGUAUCUCUUCCUAUUCUAAGAUUAAGAGUUUGAGUAGAAUUGUUGUCAACUCUUCUCUGAGUGUCUGGUGAAAUUCCCCAGUGAAGUCAUCUGGUCUGGGGCUUUUUAUUUGAUUGGGAGUUUUUUUGUUUGUUUGUUUUUAUUGUGCUUUCAGUGAAAGUUUACAAAUCAAGUCAGCCUUUCAUACAAAAAUUUAUAUACGCCUUGCUAUAUACUCCUAGUUGCUCUCCCCCUAAUGAGACAGCACACUCCUUCCCUCCACCCUCUAUUUAAUGACCAUUUGGCC